AUGAUGAAGAAGAAGUUUUGGAGGAUAAAUGAUAAAAGCACUCCAUCGAACCUAAUCCUUGUCAUGUGCUUCCUCAGCUUUGGGAGCUACUUCUGCUAUGACAACCCCGCUGCUCUCCAGGACACGAUGAUAAAGGCCCUGGACAUCUCAGAGAGCACCUUCAUGGGCUUCUACUCCUGGUACUCCUGGCCUAACGUCAUUCUCUGCUUCUUUGGGGGGUUCCUUAUUGACCGAGUGUUUGGGGUCAGGAUGGGAGCCAUCAUUUUCUCCCUGUUUGUUACCGCGGGUCAGGUGCUGUUUGCUGCAGGUGCUCUGGUUAACCAUGUAUGGCUUAUGAAUGUGGGAAGAUUUGUUUUUGGCAUUGGAGGAGAAUCUCUCUGUGUAGCCCAGAAUACUUAUGCUGUAAAAUGGUUCCAGGGGAAAGAACUCAACAUGGUGUUUGGUCUUCAACUCAGUUUUUCUAGGGUGGGCAGUACUGUGAAUAUGAACAUCAUGCAGCCAAUCUACCAGUUGAUAAGUGGCAUGGGGUUCAAACAUGAAUACACCAGUCUAGGAGUGGUGCUUAUGAUUGGGGCUAUUAUGUGCAUAUUUUCCUUGAUUUGUGCACUUGUCCUAAGUUUCUUUGAUAAAAGAGCAGACAGAAUUCUAAAGAGAGCCAAUGUAACCUCAGAUGAGGCCAUCAGGAUUACAGAUGUGAAGUAUUUCCCUUUAACCUUUUGGCUCCUGUGUAUUAUAUGUGUGGGGUACUAUGUAGCAGUGUUUCCAUUUAUUGGAUUAGGAUUGGUGUUCUUUGAGAUGAAGUGGGGCUUUGAUCCAAGUUUAGCAAACAAUGUGAACAGUUUGGUGUACAUUAUAUCAGCAGUCGCCUCCCCUGUCUUUGGCUUUCUGAUUGACCGCACUGGGAAGAAUAUUUUCUGGGUUAUUUUGGGGACUGUGUGUACAAUAGGGUGUCACGCCCUCCUAGCUUUCACCUUCCUUAAUCCUUAUGUGGCUAUGUCAUGUAUGGGCCUAGCCUAUUCCAUUCUUGCCAGUGCUCUUUGGCCAAUCACAGCACAGAUCGUAAAAUCAACACAACUUGGAACAGCUUAUGGCAUCAUGCAGGCUAUACAGAAUUUGGGUCUAGCUGUGAUAGCUAUAGUAGCUGGUGCUAUUGUUGAUUCCAAAGGCUAUCUCAUCCUGGAAGUCUUCUUCUUGGCAUGUCUCUGUGUGGCCCUUAUAGCUGCUGUGCUGCUCUAUUUAGUGGAUGCCUCUAAAGGUGGAAAGCUUAAUCUUUCAGCAAAAGAAAGGAGGAAAUUAGCAGCCCUUAAUUCUGAGCAGGGAGAGGAGAAAAAACUAUUGGAUUGAAUGGUGCCAUGUUGAAAUAUUUUACGAAUUCUGUGAUAUGUGGAGGUGGACAAGUCACGAGAAGUCUGGGAGAGGAUCGGUGAUUGACCAAAACUGAGGAUUUAAUGGUCGAUAUGAACAAAUUUAAAUAUCAAUAUACACCUGUAGUUCAACAUUCAGGAUCGUUAAGAAAAUUAGGAAUGCCAGUCUCACACUGUCUCACACUAUGGUGAUAUUAAUAUGACAAUUUUACAAGAAAAAAAAAAAGGAAAUUGCAUUUUAUUUUUCAUGCAUAAUACAAAUUCUCUAAAAUUUGUUUUAAACUUAAUUAAAAUGAUGUUAAACUUUACAACUGAUAAUUUUAAACUAUAUGAGACCAGAGAUUUAAUAAUUAUAUACUGAAAUACAUAAUUUAAAUUUAAAAAAUAACAAAAGAAAAAGGAUUUUACCGUAUGCUGAAACAUGUAUAAGCAAGUUCAAAAAGUAAUUUGCAGUAAAAAUAAUUUUUACACAAUAUACAUGACAAUUCAAUGCUGUUGUGACUAUGAAGUUUGUAUUAUUAACUGGAUCACCUUCAAUGUACAUUUUCUAUGGAGAGGUCAAAACAUUGUCCAACAUAAAAGGAGGUGAUCACUGAAUAGAUUGCAUUUUGUAAUCAAAUCAAACAUUGUUUUAAAACAAGUUAUAAGUGACAUGGAAUAUUGUACAAUGGAACAGAACCUGAAUUUUGUUUAUUUUGGUAAUAAGUUGUAUUUUUUCAAAUAUGUUUAUGCUUUCAUUGAAUAUAUGUUAGGCCAUAAAAAAUUAAUUUCUUGGCUCUCAGGACCUUCCUCAUCUUUUCCAAGGGUGUCUUGUUUACCCUUAUUAUUGCUAAAUCAAUAAAAUAAAAGCACAAAUCGCCUCCCUCAUCAUUUUUUGAGGUUUUGUUCAAUGUAAAAAGCUGCCACGUCAUGUUUCACUUUUGGGGGCAAUAAAAAAGUAAAAAAAAAAAGUGCCCCCCUCCCUCAUCAUAUUUCUUGAAAAAAAAGCCUGAGAACCAAUAAAUUAACUUCCAUGGCCUUAGCUAUGAAAGUUUAUUGUCUUAAGUUAAAUGCAUUUCAGCCUUGUUUAAGAAUAUCAUCUUCAGUGAAAUAAAUAGCUAGUCCAUACAA